UAUCAAAAUGGCUGCCUUUAGGAAAUCCCUGCUGCUCUUCACGCUUUUGCUGGCCAUCCACUUGGAGGCCUCGAAGAUAGUGUACAAGAAGCCGCUCUAUGGGAGCAGUGGUGCCAGCGCCAAGGGGAAGCGUCCUCGGAGCAAGGACAUCAAGGUGGAGGCCACCACCCUGAGCAGCACCACCGAAGUGGAUUGGCCCGCCGCCGUGGAGUUUGUGAUCGUGACCACGCAGAACAGCCAGUUGGAAACUGGAGUUGGUUCGGAGGGGCCCAUCAAUGUGGCCAGCACCACGGAAUCGAGCCUCGGGAAUGGCACCUCGCCGCGAUCGGUGGAAAGUCCUGCCACUUUGGGCGAACCUGCCACCACCACAUCGAGCACUUUGGCCAACACAAUUCCAUCGCCGCCGACGCCAGGAUCAGCGGCAUUAUCCCAGCAGGACAAUCUGCCGGUUCCCUGCACCUGUGGCGUCUUCCUCUCCUCCCAAAUCCCCAAUGGCCUGCCCACAAAGCCCCUGAUCCAUCAGGAGUUGGAUCGAAUGUUCCCCUGUGAUGCCAUCGGGCGCAAGCAGUGUCAGACCAAGUGUCUGGAGGCGAUCGUUCAACAUUUGCCGAAUUCCGCAAAUAUUGUUUGCUCCGCUUUGGGUCACGAUUGCCACAAGGAACGGGCCUAUUUGUUCAUCAAAAACUGCCACAACCAAUGGGUUAAUACCAAUCUACAAGCGGGCAGGGAAUACUGUUGUCGCGGUGGAAAUCCCUACCGGUGUCCUUUAAUUGGUUAAUACUGUGGAAAUUCAAUAAAAGAUUGAUACAAAAAGCAA